CAGAUCCCCAACCGGAUUUCCAGCGCACCGCGGUGACAGAUUGACGGUUUGAUCUCGCUGUGCCGUGUUGACAGUUCCUGCAUGCAUACGGCAAAGUUGAGCGACGGGCGUGUUUGUCGUUUUGAUGUAUUCGCGUGUAUGGAGUGGGGCGGCUUAUAUUGUCACAGAGAACAAAGCAUCAAAGGAACGAUGGCGGCGUAGCGGCGCUCGGUGGGAUUGAGUUCUCCACGUGACCUUUAACCUGUUAAGAGUCUCAUCGUGGCAAAGAUUACUUCCAGUGAGUGACAGCUGUUACCGAAAUCUGGCUGAGGACCGCAGCGGCGUCAACCUCAAAGAUCUCGUCCAUGAUCCGUCCCUGUUGGGUGGGAUGAUCGUGGCCUACAAAAUAGUGCCAGAUGAAAUCGACGAAAUCAAGGAGACCCUGGUGGACUGGUGCGACGAAAAGGAGCUUAACCUCAUUUUAACCACCGGAGGUACCGGCUUUGCUCCGAGAGACGUCACACCGGAGGCCACUAAGGAGGUGAUUGAGCGCGAGGCUCCCGGCAUGUCGCUGGCAAUGUUGAUGGGCUCCCUCAACGUCACACCACUGGGCAUGCUCUCCAGACCUGUGUGUGGAAUCCGAGGGAAGACGCUCAUCAUUAAUUUACCAGGAAGCAAGAAAGGCUCCCAGGAAUGCUUCCAGUUCAUCCUGCCGGCGCUGCCGCACGCCAUCGACCUCCUGCGCGACGCCGUGGUGAAGGUUAAGGAGGCGGCGGACGAGCUGGAGGACCUGCCGUCGCCGCCACCGCCUCUCUCGCCGCCGCCCAACAAUUCGCCACGGCGUCAGACGGAGGACAAGGGCGUGCAGUGCGAGGAUGAGGACGAAGAGAAGAAGGACAGCGGCGUGGCAUCCACGGAGGACAGCUCCUCCUCCCACAUCACCGCAGCAUCCAUUGCCGCCAAGAUCCCAGACUCCAUCAUUUCGCGGGGCGUACAGGUGUUGCCCAGGGACACGGCCUCUCUCAGCACCACGCCCUCGGAGUCGCCCCGGGCGCAGGCCACCUCGCGGCUCUCUACCGCUUCCUGUCCCACGCCCAAAGCCUCACGGAGAGAAUUCAGGGCUCACCUGGAUGAGGUCAUCACGCUCAAGUCAAGGUACUCUACCUUGGACCAGCUCCAGUGUAGGUUGGAGGGGCUUAAAGAUGAUCGCAGGAGGACCUUCAGCUCUCGAGUGCAGUCACGAUGCAGCAGCAAAGAGAAUAUCCUAAGAUCAAGUCACAGUGCUGUGGACAUUACCAAGGUGGCCCGACGACACCGCAUGUCCCCUUUCCCCCUCACCUCCAUGGACAAGGCCUUCAUCACUGUGCUGGAGAUGACCGCCAUCCUGGGCACUGAGAUCAUCAACUACAGAGACGGGAUGGGUCGAGUCCUCGCUCAGGACGUUUAUGCCAAAGACAACCUGCCACCCUUCCCUGCCUCUGUCAAGGAUGGCUAUGCUGUGAGAGCCGCCGACGGCCCGGGCGACCGCUUCAUCAUCGGAGAAUCCCAAGCAGGCGAACAGCCCACCCACACCGUGAUGCCUGGGCAGGUGAUGAGGGUGACAACCGGCGCUCCGAUCCCCUGCGGGGCUGACGCCGUCGUUCAGGUGGAAGACACCGAACUCCUCCGCGAGUCCGAAGAUUUUGUCUUUCAGGGCACCGAGGAGCUGGAAGUUCGAAUUCUAGUCCAAGCUCGGCCGGGCCAGGAUAUCAGGCCCAUCGGUCAUGACAUCAAGCGUGGCGAGUGCGUGCUGGCCAAGGGCACCCACAUGGGGCCCUCCGAGAUCGGCCUCCUGGCCACCGUGGGAGUCACGGAGGUGGAGGUCCAGAAAUUCCCCGUGGUGGCGGUCAUGUCGACAGGAAAUGAGCUGCUGAACCCGGAGGAUGACCUCCAUCCCGGCAAAAUCAGGGACAGCAAUCGCUCCACCCUGCUGGCCACCAUCCAGGAACACGGCUACCCAACCAUCAACCUGGGCAUCGUGGGAGACAACCCCGAUGACCUUCUCAAUGCUCUGAAUGAAGGCAUCAGCCGUGCUGAUGUCAUUAUCACCUCAGGCGGAGUAUCCAUGGGAGAGAAGGACUACCUUAAGCAAGUGCUGGACAUCGAUCUUCAUGCUCAGAUCCAUUUUGGUCGGGUCUUCAUGAAACCAGGGCUCCCGACCACCUUUGCCACGCUGGACAUCGACGGUGCUCGUAAACUCAUCUUUGCGCUCCCAGGUAGAAACCCCGUAUCCGCUGUCGUCACCUGUAAUCUUUUUGUCAUCCCUGCCUUGAGGAAGAUGCAGGGUAUUUUGGACCCAAGGCCAACGAUCAUCAAAGCGAGGUUAUCUUGUGACGUGAAAUUGGAUCCUCGCCCUGAAUACCACCGCUGCAUCCUGACUUGGCAUCACCAGGAGCCUCUGCCGUGGGCGCAGAGCACAGGGAACCAGGUGAGCAGCAGACUGAUGAGCAUGCGCAGUGCCAAUGGGCUCCUGAUGCUACCUCCCAAAACCGAGCAAUACGUGGAGCUGCACAAGGGCGAGGUGGUGGACGUCAUGGUCAUCGGCCGGCUAUGAUGUCGUGGCCGCGGGCGGGACGGGUGGGGGUGGGGGGGUCGCCGAGGGUCGUAAGCGGGAGGCAGUUCACGGUGCAUGUCCACAUAUCAUCGACUAUUCUGUAAUAUGCAACGGCACAGCUAGUUUUUUGUUGAUUUGGAGAACAUUGAGGUAUAGUCGACAUCUCGAUCACAGCCUAGAUAUACUGUAUAAGAAAACGUUGAUUUAAGAAGAUUAUAGUAUUUCAAAGAAAGGAAAAUAUAACUUUUAAACGGGGUGGGGGGAGAAAAAAAUCUAAUUAUAAAAAGAGAUUUAUUCUGUAAUAUAUUAUUAUGAUUAUUCUUCUUAUUAUUAUGAUUAUUCUUCUUAUUAUUCUAUUAAGCCAACUUUGUUCCUUUCAUUGCGAUUGCUUUGUGUGUUCAAUGCUUAGACCUUUUAUCUAUAGCGGUAGCAUUUUAAUAGACAGCUGUAGGUGCCUGCCAGGACGAGAAAAAAAAAUAUCAUCUUUAGUGGGGGGAAAAAAAAAAAUACACUUAGCCACUUUUUUUUUUUUUUUCGGUUUUAUUUAUUUAUUUUUUUGGAAAAUAAAUGAAAAUACCGAGGAGGACUCCGGAUUUUCCAUGGUGCUGCAGUUAGGAGGUUUGAGCGCCCAUCAAGGUGACACUUUUUCUCUCGUUAGUAUGCAUCAUAUUGGCUUCACAAAGAGCUUUGCUUGUCGUUUAUCUUGUGAGUCUUGUUUAUGUGCGCGGUGCCAAAUGCCUGGGUGAGGGGCGGGGAGGGGGGGGUUGGGUGGAGGGUGGCCGGUUUGGUGUCGGGGGUCACUCAAGCUUCCUGAAGUUUGCGGUGAUCGGGUGGAAUAUUUAAACCCCGCCCAUCACCCCUCACUAAAAACCCCUACCCAGGGAUAAGUUUUUGGGGGAGGGGGGGGGAUAUAUUUUAUUUGAGCAACUAUUUAAGAAGAAAAAAAAAAGCAACAGAAGAAGCAGCUUCUUUAAUUGCUGAUGGCCUUUUUAACCGACUUCACAAAAUUGUACAGAUUAAAGAGGAAAAAAAAUAGAAUCAUAUUGUACAGAUAUGUGACCAGCACUCCUAAGGAAGUUAUUAUUAUUAUUAUUAUUAAGCAAUGAGGAGACAUUGAACAACGCUGUACUAUAAACAUUUUCUGUAAUGAUGCUGAAACUGAUGAAAGAGACUACGAUAAUAAAAAUCCUUGAUCAUUAUGUAAAAAAAAAAAAAAAAAGAUUAUUGUUGGGUUUCCUUUUUUAAUAAAUUAUAUCUAAACAUC